GGGGGGACGGUUGACUGCUGGUCCUGAAAUCAACUCAGAGCUCCGGAGCGUCGGUGUUUUAGCAGCUCGCCUCUCCUGCAUCUGCUCUAUCACACCUUCUGCUGCGCGCCGGAACCUUUUUUUCUUGGUCAUUUACUGACUUUUUACAUUUUUUUAUUUGAAUUUUUAUUCUUUAUUUUUUGCGCAUUCACACCUGCGACUUAAUCCAAAGCAGAGAGACAGCUUUCUUGGAUAACUUCCCCUUCUUGUUUGUGACUGCUGUCAGAGGUGAUGCUAUCAUUUUGUCACAUCCUCAGGUGAUGGUAUGUCUCUCUGGAGAUAGGGGCCACUUUUGGAAACGUGCUAGGUUUUCCACAGCUGUUAUUUUUCCUGUUGCUACAUUUCCUCUGGUUCCAGCAUGGCACUCUACUCUCGGUUUGUGGUCGUGCUGCUUUACGGAUGGAGUUAUCUGUGCGUUGGAUACUGCGCGAUGCUGAAAACGGACAAUUUCCCCGAGAAGCGAAAGGUGGAUUUUACGCAUUCAGUGGAUAAAAAGUACACGACGAAGGAAGACCAGGACGCGCUUUUACAGGAUACAAUGACGGAGCACAUGCAGAUGCUUUACGCGAAGUACAACCGGGCUGGAUUUCCCUUCAAGGACGGCAACACUGUUCGCAGCUUCAAAGCGCACUGGGGUACGAUAAACAAGAAGCAGCUGCAGAUUUUCAACCUCACCUCCCUCACCAAGUCGGAAGACGUUCUGUCAGCAACCCUUCAUUACUACAUCGGAGACCUCCAGAACAGCACCGGCGGCUGCUCCAGGUCCAAAAGCUGUUCCCGCCACGGCCCCCGCAGGCACAGCCACAUCCACAUGGUCAUCUGGAGCUUCGGCUCCGUGGACAACAAGCUCAGGACUCUGGGACACUUUCGGAUCAACGUGUCCACCCUCUACAGGGACUUCAUAUCCUGGCAGUGGAAGGACGUAACUCGCGUGGUCAACCAGGCCAAGCACCAUGACGAGCUGCUCAUCGGGAUCGAGGUGGCCUCUCAGGGGCCCCAGCCAUGGAAGAAGCUCCUGUCGGACCGCUCGCCCUACAUCCUGGUCUACGCCAACGACUCGGCCAUUUCAGAACCAGAAAGCGUGGUGGCCACCCUCCAGAGACACCACUCAGUGGGAGGCGAGGGUUCCGUUUCUUUCCACAAACUGGGUCUGCGAGAGCGAAACAGCACCGAGCAGGAGCAGCCACAGCCCAGACACAAGCGCUCGGUGAACGUUCUCCUCCCGCUGCAGAACAACGAGCUCCCCGGACCCGAGUAUCCGUACGAGACCACCGGCUGGGACGAGACGAGUCCGUACGAACCCUUUGAGAACAAGCAGGCCCGCCGGCCGCGCAAAAAGACUCGCAAGAACCAGCGGCACAAGAUGCCCCUGCUGCAGUUCGACGAGCAGACGAUUAAAAAGGCGCGAAAGAAGCAGUGGAACGAGCCAAGGAACUGCGCUCGGAGAUACCUGAAAGUGGACUUUGCCGACAUCGGAUGGAGUGAAUGGAUUAUAUCACCCAAAUCAUUUGACGCCUACUACUGCUCAGGGUCCUGCCAGUUCCCCAUGCCGAAGGCUCUGAAGCCGUCUAACCACGCCACCAUCCAGAGCAUAGUUCGGGCGGUGGGCGUCGUCCCCGGCAUCCCCGAGCCGUGCUGCGUCCCCGAGAAGAUGUCCUCCCUCAGCAUCCUCUUCUUCGACGAGGACAAGAACGUGGUGCUCAAGGUCUACCCCAACAUGACUGUAGACUCCUGCGCCUGCAGAUAGUUUCCCUUCUCCUUUCUACGCCUCAUAUCGUAUAGUUAAAAAAACCCAAAAACACACAAAAACAACAUGUGCAGCCAAAAAAGACUCAAAGUCUCUCCUCCUGCUUCUUCAGUCUCGCUCAGAACAUCCAUCGGACUUCCCUCUGUUGCGUUGGAGGAGAGUGACUGGCUGCUGUUCCAGGCGAAGAGGAGUUCGGUCCGUUCACGGGAAGAAGAAAAAAAACGGACCGCGUGAGUCGUUAUUAUUAUCCUCGUGGAAGAUUACUGGAACGGAAAAGUCAAAUCUCCACAUGCAAACCGGCACCACUGUUAAUCUACGUAUUUAUCAUGGCUGCUCAGUUAUCCGUUUGGGGCGAUAGCAGGGUGGAUCACAAACUCACUGUCAAGCUACACAAACACCAACUGAGGCAGAAAACAAACAAACACAAAAAAAAAAAAACUGAAGGAAAAUUUUCACUUUUCAGGAAAAAAUAAAUAAAUCUCAGCUCGAACUGAUGCCUUCUUCAUAGCUUGAAGUUGUCUUUACCACAAGGUCACCUCUGCUCGCACUUGCAUGGUUUUUGUUACUAUGUGUAAGUAUUUAUGUCCGUACUAUCACUGUGUUUAUUCGCUAUACGAGAAAAGUUAUUGUAUAAUUAUUGGCUUGGCUGCUAUAGAGGGUUAUAUUAGAUUCCAAAGCCAGAAUUGUGACGUAGACGGUUAGUUUUUUUUGGAUAUUUCUGUUUAGAUUGUUGCUCGGAAUCCACAUUUUGAGAGCCGGUUGUACGCGGAAGAAUGUGGUCUUCGAUUGCGGCUGAAGUUUUUGAGGAGAGCCACUCUACCAUUUUGCUCAAACAUAAAGGGAUAAAGCGUAUGAAAAGGAGAAACUACUCCGUUGAACCAAGGCUGCCACCAACAAGUGUAAAACAACGGGACUCCAGAAGCGACUAGAUGCUUGUGGGGAUAUUUAAAACACUUUCUGGAUGUAAUAAGUCAAGCACAUGGUGGCAGACAGUUAACUCUAGUGGUUUCACUGAGGCUGAAAUCAGACUGAACUUGUUUUUGGGCAUUUUGUAAGUUCAGAUCAUGUUGCUAUCACAUAAUGUUCAAAAUCAUAUGUCGUAUUCACAGUGUGGACUGACGUUUAUGAAGAAAAACCAUUUACAAACUGCCCGAAUGCUUCUAGAAAUCUGCUUUUAUCGACAAAGAGAUUAGAAUAAUCAGUAUGGAGUCGAUACACACUGCUGGUCUGGAAUCAGUUUUGCUUCACGCAUCCUUCAGGCUCAUCGUUUUUGGUUGAAGCUCUGGGUUGAAACGGGUAACAUAUUAAAGGAAAAACAUCCAACAGAAAGUGUCUUCAUAAGGUGUUGCACUGUCACAUUUCGCCAGAGCAGCUUCUGUUCAACUUAGCAUUGCUUCUCCAAGUUUCUCCAGAAGAGAUGGAACAUCAUUUUUACAGGAAAAUAAAAGACCUCAUUUGGUGUUUUGAUGGUGGUGGUCCAAAAUCUCCCAUCAGCUGGGUUGAGAUCUGGUGAUUUACAUCAUUUUUAUCACAUUUUUGGGGUAACUUUGGGUGUCCACAACCAGGUUUUCCAGUUCUUGAGGUGUUCCCAGGCCAGAUGAGAUAUGUACAUUGAAAACCUCCAAAGGAAGCAUCCAUCACAAAAUCGGGCCAUUGGAUGAGAACGUUUGAAUAGCGUUGAAGUCAGCAGUGAGCUUGAGGUGUGGUGGUGCAGUGGGUUAGAUUGAUGACCGUCACCCUUCAAGGUCGGGGUUUGAAUCGUUUUUUUUUUUUCCAGAUUUCUGCCUACGUCUGCUUUAAUUUAAGGAAUUACUAAGAUGAACAAUGGACAAAACUAACUAGGACUGCCUGGAAAACCUCCAAAAGAAGGCAUCCAGGAAGUAGGGGAUGUCAACUUAUCUAAACACCAUUUCUACUAGCACAUAAAUGUUCCAUCGUAGCAUAAAAAUGAUCAAUCAGAACAACUUUGUGUUGAAUUACAGAGAGCAUCAGGCCUUUUCAUGCAUUUUCCUUUAAUUUGUCACCCGUCCGUACGUUCUUUAACAUCCAGAAGCAUCUUAAACUACCAUGUACGAUACGUUUAGGUGCUCUGCUAGCUGGUAGCUUUUGAUUUUUACAGUCAAAGUUACAUUUCUUUUUUAACAAAACCCAAAAAUGAUGAGCAGUACAUAACAUAGGUUGAGGAUCAGGGAGAGCUGAUCUGUUUUCUUGGGUCGCACAAGGCUGAUGUUAUUCUAUGAUAUUGUUAUUAUUAUACAGAGUGGAUUUUACAUAAAUCAUGAGACGGUGUGUUAUUUGAUCACUCGUGUCGUAACUUUGCCUCGAGUUGUGCGUUAUUGUCACAAAACCAAAUAUUUAUUCAGAGCAAAUAGACUUAAAUAUAGCAGCAAACCUUUGUUCUUGUACAUUGUUUUUGUAUAUAGCUCAGUACAACUAUGCCGAUGCCUCUUUGAGAUAGAAGUGCCUUUUCAGUGGGUGGAGUUCUGCUUUUUUUUUUUUUUUUUUAAAACAACAGUUUGAUUUGAUUCUGUCGCCUGAACUGAGCUCAAGUCAGCUGAGAAUAUUUUUUUAUGGUACAAAAUAGUAAACAAAGAGUGAACAUAGUGCAUAUUCUUUUGAUAAGUAUGAUUGCAAGUGGAAUUUAUUGCUGAAAUGUAUUUCACCGUUUUGAUAUUCCAGAGACAUUUAUUUUGUGUCGAUACCUAAAGGCAGAUUGUUUAACUUUAUAUAUUUUGUACUGACACGUUUUUUUUUUUUUUUUCAAGUUUCCUCAUCUUGUGCCGAUGCAGAUUUUCACGAGUCACUGUCGGGGCUUUUUUCUGCAUUUUGAGACUCAAACUUUUGGAGUGCAAGUAUGGAAAAGUACAUUUAUACACAUAUAUCAGCAGUUUAUAAGAGCGGCGCUGCUCCAUCUUAUCUUGUAAAUGUUACGCUGUAGGUGAAAAAAAAAGAAAGAAAAAGAAACGCUUGUACAAUAAGCUUCAUAAAAUAUAUUUGUAUAUGGAAAAGACCUUUAACAUGCAUCUAUUUAUUUUCUGUAUGUUGCAUAUCUUGUAGAGGUGUGGUCUGGGACAAAAAGGGGGACGGACGCUUGGAAAUGUCAAUGGUCUUUAUAUCUGUGAUGGACAUUUGUCACUGUGUGGGUUAAAGGUCUCCCUCCUCUGAGCUCGGACCCUCCUUCCAAAGCAUUCAAAGAAAUGAAUAAAAGUAUGCAAGACUCA